ACUGCUUGAGCAGACAGCAUGUAGUGCCUUAAUUCAGACCACUGCCUUGAAUGAAGCAGGUUUCAAUAUGCUUCUGUUCCCCCUGAGUUUAAUUUCCUUCUCAACAAGUUCUGAAGUCUGCUGUAAAGCUUGGCAAUCUUGAGUUUAAUUCCCACCCUCACCAACCAAAUUUACUGUUAAAGAACCUAGAUGGCACUACAAAGACAGAUCUCCACCAACUUCAGUGAGCCGUUAACAGCAUUACUGGCCCAGCCCCUCAGGCCUAGCACCUGCCACUUGGCAGCAGUUCCACCCCGCAGGCCCCGGCCCUGCACUCCCCGUGGCAGGGCCGUGCUGUGCCGAGCAGCCAUGCGGAGACGUCGGGUGGCAGUGACUCUGAUGGUGGCUGUGGUACUGUUGGGUGCCGCCGUGCUGCUGAGGCACUAUGGAGGGAGCAGGGCAGCGGGUGGUGGCUCUGCUGAGAGCAUGGCACUGGAGCGAGCGUGUGGUGCGCUGCUGGCCGGGCAGGCUCCCAGGAUGCAGAAUGGGGGACUGCGGCCUGUGCCCAGGGACUCCUCCUGCAGUGAGUACAUGUCCCACAGCCGGUACAUCACCCGGGUGCUGUCAGCCGAGGAGGCGGCCUUUCCCCUGGCCUACAUCAUCACCCUGCACAAGGAGUUUGAGACCUUUGAGCGGCUCUUCAGGGCAGUCUACAUGCCCCAGAAUGUCUACUGCAUCCACGUGGAUGGCAAGGCACCGGCCGCCUUGCAGCGAGCGGUGCGGCACCUGCUGGGCUGCUUCCCCAAUGCCUUCCUCGCCUCUCACACAGAGCGGGUGGUCUAUGGUGGUGUGUCCCGCCUGCAGGCCGACCUGCACUGCAUGAGGGACCUGGUGGCCUCUGCCGUGCCCUGGCGCUACCUGCUCAAUGCCUGCGGGCAGGACUUCCCCUUGAAGACCAAUCGGGAGAUCAUCCAACAUCUGAAAGCCUACAAGGGGAAGAACAUCACCCCCGGAGUGCUGCCACCAGCACAUGUCACUGCACGCACCCACUUCAUGCACCGGGAGCAGGGUGGGAGCAAUGUCUCAGGGCUGGUCACCCCACAGGUGCGCAAGGCUCCCCCACCACACAACCUGACCCUCUACUUUGGUUCUGCAUACAUUGCGGUCACCCGGCCCUUUGUAGAGUUUGUGCUGCGGGACCCGCGUGCCAUCGACUUACUGGCAUGGUCUGAGGACACCUACAGCCCCGAUGAGCACUUCUGGGUGACACUCAACAGGAUCCCAGAUGUCCCUGGGUCCAUGCCCAAUGCAUCAUGGGAAGGUGACCUGAAAGCAGUGAAGUGGAUUGAUAUGGAAGACAUCCAUGGAGGUUGUCACGGCCAUUAUGUCAGAGGCAUUUGUGUAUAUGGAACAGGUGACCUCAAGUGGCUUUUUAACUCCACCUGUAUGUUUGCAAAUAAGUUUGAGCUCAGGACAUACCCGUUGACUGUGGAGUGCCUGGAACUGAGACAUCGAAAGAAGACCUUGGCACAGAGUGAGGUUCAGGUGGAACCAAGCUGGUAUUUCUAGCUACCAAAAACCCAGGAUACAUCAACAAAAGUGGUCAGAAUUGCAGCAAAAAUCUAAUUUCUGCUUCUCUGGAAGGACACAUUCAUCCAACAGGUUUCUUUAGGAUGUGCAGUAGAUGCAGCUCAGGUCAGCUUGUGUCACUCUGUCUGCAAAUCUAAGUUUUUACUUAACAUUCAGUGGCCAAAAGGUGAGAGAUCCAAAAAGAAGCAGUAGGGUACAGCUCCUUUUGCAGCUGCCCUGUUGGCACAUCUGCUAUUUUAAUGGCCUGUUGUCCAGCCCUAACUUCAGUCUUGCUACACUGAAAUUGUUACCUGUUUCUAUAAAAAUGUAUAUAGAAUCAGGCAUCCCUGGGACUUCUCAUACCUCAAAGACAAGCAGUGCACAUUGGCAAGCAGAAAGGUAACAAGCCACAGUGAGCAAGACUUCAAAAACAAGAACACAAUUGGUGGCCAUACAUGCAGGUGUUUUUUAGCCAAAGAUAUGGAAGUUUAGUGCACCAGAAAAGUACUGGAAAUGGAAGAAAGAUGCUGCGCUGCCCUGGUCUUGCCUGUUCUUUAAAUAUCUGUUGGUUCAAGGUUUCUAAGAGAAUACAGCACCUUUUGCUAUAUGAAUGGUUGUGGAUAGAAAGAUCUUGAUAGGCUUUCGGGCACAAGAGCUCUUUAUGAAAAAGAAAGGCUUACUUAUUUGUUGUACUUGGCCAACUAAUAGAGCUAGAAAAUGAGAUAGAUACAUCUCUGCACACAGAUUUUGGCCUACCAGUGUCCUCAGAUCAUUGCAUGGAAGGACCCAAAGUGGGGAAGGCAGUGGAAAGAGAUGUCAGGACUGAAAGAUCAGUAAUAGAGCUCUGGCAGUAACUCUGUGAUUUUUUUGUGUCAUGUUUUGACAUGGUUUGAGCCGCCUUACUGAGUUUACUUCCUUUGAGUGGUUAAUACAUAUACUUAAUGUUGAGUUUCACGGCUUCACAGCCCUAUUUUUGUUUCCAAUAACAGCCACUAGAGGGAGGCAGCCGAGUAGCUGAGCUGAUAUUCCUUCCCUAGUCUACCUAACCCUCCAGCACGCAUAGUCUCAGCAGACUAGGAAUGUGGCAGAGAAAAAUCAGCAUUCAGGAAUAUUUUAGCAUGGCCAGCAGAAAGUAAGAGGUAUCGGUCAUUUUUUUUUUUUUAAACAAAACUGAAUGGUUCUUCCUGCAGUGAUGACAGGCUGUGUUUCUGGGGUAUUUUAGCAGUGCUGUUGAAUGACCCAGCCAGCAGCAAUAGGGCAGCAUAAACUGCGAGUGAGCUCUCCUGCUCUGCACAAGAAAGGGCGGCUCAUGUGGUAGGUCUUGAACAGCAGCAGGUUAACUACCAACUUCAUUAAGCCACUGCUAAUGUCAGUGUCCUUUAACAAGCUGUAUUGCAAACUGCAGUAGUUGAGGAAUGACAGUGCAUCAUAUUCAGAUGUCUGCAGCAGGAUGUGCUUUGGGCAGCUUGUUCUGCGCUUCUGUCACGCUUGGUAGUGCAGUUUUCUGCAGGGAGAUGGGGAGUUUAGAGCAGAACUUGGGUGGAAAUCCUCUUGUGGAGGGCAGGAGAGGGCUUGAUGCUAUGAUGGCAGAUGAAAAGAUAAGUAUGCCAGGGAGAGUGAUUAUUUUAAAGACAGAGCUUUAAGGUGCCCAGCUAGGAGCUCUGGAGCCAACCCCCUCAACUUGUACCCACAGACAUAAAGGGGCAUUGUAGCCUGAGCAAAUACAGAUAUUUCAGUGCUGGGUUGCAUUCUUUGUUAUAAUAAGAACCCAGAAAAACAUUGCAGGUGUUAUUCUGCAGGAAGACCCCUGUUCCUGACCUGCUGCCGUUUACAGUGUUGCUUCCUUUCUUAACGAAUGUUAUAAAUAAACCCUUUUGUUUCCACUGUG